AUGGCUUCGUCCGCGUCAUCCGCGGAGGGGUCUGCGAAUGCGCCCAAUCCACUGACCCAAGCUACGCAAGCCAUAGCAGCUGCAGACUCUGAUAGCGGCAGUCACAGGGGCUCACAGGACCUGCAUGCAACUGCAUCCUCGGACCAGCAUGAAGCUCUCCCCGCAGAUCAGCCUCCACCAUACAGUGGUGGUAACGACGUUUCGUACGGCAAAAUUGUAGACAAUGGCGACGGUUUUGGAACUUCCGCGAGCCUAACUGACGACGGCCGGGUCAACAUUCGUAUCGAUCAGAAGAGCAAUCGUCUCUCCAAUCUACUUAUCCCUGCGCUUCGCAGUCAGCUCGAUCUAGCCUCUCGCGAACCUCCCCCUCCUCCGCCGUAUAUCCCUCCCUCGCUUGGAGGCAAACCUGGCAAAGAGCCUCCGCCGCCGUUGAAUGUGGUGAUACAUGUUGUUGGGUCUCGCGGUGAUGUACAACCAUUUGUGGCAUUGGGAAAGGUCCUCAAAGAGACCUAUAGCCAUAGGGUGCGGCUGGCUACACACCCGGUGUUCAGGAACUUUGUCGAGGAAAACGGACUAGAGUUCUUCAGCAUUGGUGGUGACCCGUCUGAGCUUAUGGCUUUUAUGGUGAAGAACCCCGGUCUCAUGCCGGGAUUCGAUACACUCAGGAAUGGAGACGUCGGCAAGCGUCGGAAAGGCAUCGCAGAGAUGAUUGAUGGAUGCUGGAAAUCCUGCAUCGAACCCAACGAUGGUUUCGGUGUCGACACAUCUCAGCAGGAGGGAGAAAACAUGCUGAACUCCGCCUAUAGUAACCCCGAAGCUACUGCAAAGACUGGCAGGCCAUUCAUAGCAGACGCAAUCAUCGCCAAUCCACCAAGCUUUGCUCAUAUCCACUGCGCGGAGAAGCUCGGUGUGCCGCUCCAUAUGAUGUUCACUAUGCCGUGGUCACCUACGCAAUCCUUCCAGCAUCCUUUGGCGACAAUUCAAUCAUCCAAUGCUGAUGCCUCAUUGACAAACUACAUGACAUAUGCCUUAGUUGAUAUGUUAACUUGGCAAGGACUCGGCGACAUCAUCAACAAGUUCAGACAGCGCACGCUACACCUGGAUUCCAUCAGCGCAAUGUCAGCUCCGAGCAUGCUCUCCCGCUUGCGAGUUCCAUUUACGUAUUGUUGGUCACCUGCUCUUAUUCCCAAGCCUAAAGACUGGGGAAACCACAUUACCAUAUCCGGUUUCUACUUCCUCAACUUGGCUACAAACUUCAGACCGGACCCGGACCUGGCUGCUUUCCUUGAUGCUGGUCCACCGCCGGUCUAUAUCGGUUUCGGCAGCAUCGUCGUUGAUAACCCGAACGGUAUGACGAAGCUGAUUUUCGAAGCCGUCCAAAAAGCGGGUGUCAGAGCCCUAGUAUCCAAGGGUUGGGGUGGUUUUGGUGCUGAUCAACUGGGAGUGCCGGAGAGCGUUUUUAUGUUGGGCAACGUCCCCCAUGACUGGCUGUUCAAGCGAGUGUCAUGCGUUGUCCAUCACGGAGGUGCUGGUACGACUGCUGCAGGCAUAGCUUGUGGCAAGCCUACUGUUAUUGUGCCUUUCUUCGGAGACCAGCCUUUCUGGGGCUCCAUGGUUGCACGAGCUGGAGCCGGACCGGAACCAAUCCACCAUAAACAGCUGACAUCGGAUAAUUUGGCGGAGGCUAUCCAAGAGGCACUGAAGCCCACGUCACAAGAGAGAGCACGAGAACUGGCAGCGAAGAUUAGCAAUGAGAGGGGAAGCGAUGAAGGAGCGCAAUACUUCCACCAACAUCUUAAGGUAGAUGAGAUGAGAUGCUCAUUGUUGCCGAAUCGGGCGGCUGUAUGGCGGUUCAAGAAAACACAGAUCAAGCUGAGUGCUUUGGCUGCUGUGGUUCUUGCCAAUGAGGGGAUGCUCAAUUUUGCUGACCUCAAACUAUUCCAGCCUCGCGAUUAUGAACCGGAUACUGGCCCUUGGGAUCCGGUUACUGGCGUUACAGGUGCAGUAAUGGGCACCGUGACGAGCAUGAUGAUGAACGUGGCGGAUCUUCCCAUUGAGACCCUAAAAGCACUCAACAUCCAUCCUGAUUCGAGACGCUCUCGUGCCAAUACCGGUGCUGCGAAAGCCUCGACAGACUCCGGAAGUAGACCAGGAACUUCUGAUUCGGCCGCGCCUUCGAAGUCGGGGGUUUCUACACCCACGAGCCCUGAAAACCCCAAAGUCGCAGUAACCUCAGCCGCAGAAGAUCAUGCUCUCGUUUCAUCGCCGAUUGAAAGUCCCAAACGCUCUGGAAGCGGCCUUGGACAUCGUUCUCAGUCAUCUCUAGGUCAAGCACUGGGGGCACUGGAGGGAAUUCGUUCGCGAUCACGCUCUGGAUCAAGAGGCUCAAAGCCUGGUCCAAAUGAUACCGCCACUUUCCCGAGAGUUCCCGUGGAAGAUAACCCGAACGCUCGCAGCCAUUUCGAUGUCGAAUCUGCUCUUCAGACUGGCAAGGGUCUCGGGCGCAUUGCUCAGGCCGGCGCCAAAGCUCCUGUAGACGUGAUGAUGGGGCUUUCGAAAGGCUUUCAUAAUGCUUCAAGGCUGUAUGGCGAGGAACCGCGGCAAGUCGAGAAGGUGACUGGACUUUCGAGUGGUUUGAAGGUUGCUACCAGGGAAUUCGGCCAAGGAUUGUUUGAAGGCAUUUCCGGCCUGGUCACACAACCCUACAAGGGAGCUAAAGCCGAUGGUCCAGGAGGCUUCGUCAAGGGCAUGGCCAAAGGUUUUGCUGGUGUGGUUCUAAAGCCACAAGCUGCCGCUUUUGCCGUCCCUGCCUAUACCAUGAAGGGCAUCUACAUGGAAGUUCGCAAACCUUUCGGUUCCAGCAUUCGAAACUACAUAAUUGCGUCACGCACUGCACAAGGCUGGGAGGAAUACAACAAAUCGACAUCCGAGGAGCGCUCUCAAAUCGUAGGCACCUACCGCUUCUUGUCGGAGCACGCGCACAAGAAGAAAGGCCCCGGCGAGCGUGAGAUGGAAGCUAUUCAUGCCCUCAUGGAAAAGCGCAAAAAAGGUACUAAACAGAAGAGCAUGUCCAGCGUCUUCAGUAGCCGCAAGCCUUCCGACGGCGCAGACUCAGACUCGACUUCAGAGGGCACACUUUCGCCACCGCCUCGCUCGCCAACAACAACGCUCCCCGUCAUCGAAGGCCAGCGUCCUCCUCAUGUCCCGCUCGGCGGCCCACGCUGGGAUCCCCUCGUCCAGCGCGCCGCCGAUGUGCAAGACGCCGAGCUCGAAGAAGCGAUCCGCCAGUCCGUCAGGCAAACCAGCCACGGCAACGCCGAAGAAGACGAGCUGAUCGAGCGGGCCAUGCGUGCCAGCGUCGCGGAGCUGGGACGCGUGCGCCGCAUGCCGCGUGCUAACACCGCCGCCACCCCUACCACUACCGCAUCUGGGGAGAACGCGGACGACGAUGAAGAGGAGGCCCUGCGCCGCGCCAUGGCGGCUAGUUUGGCGGAGCACGAGGCCCAUCAGCAGUGGGCGCUGCAGCAGGAGCAGGCGGCGCCGCCUAGUUACGCGGAUAUUGAUGCGGAUAACCUCGCCGAGGCAAUGCGACGUAGUGCGCUUGACCACGACCAGCGCGAGGGUGGGGAUCGUGGCGGUAAUGCGCCAACACUACCUCCUCCGCCGCCCCUUCCACUACGGGGCGAUGUGGACCCAGAUGAAGAUGAGGUUGAUGAAGAGUUGAGGCGUGCGAUUGAGGCGUCGGAGCGGGAAGGUAGGGAGAAGACUGAUGCGGAUGCGAGAGCGAAGAGAGAGGAGGAUAUCGUGCUCGAGUAUGUUAAGAAGCAGAGCUUGCUUGAAGAAGAGUACCAGCGGAAGAUUAGGGAAGGAACUAUAUAG